AACUCUAUGCUUAAUACGUUUCACUGUGCUCCGUGGUGUGUUCAAUGUUAAAGUCAUUAGAUAUUAUAUUCAUAUUUUUUUUAACCACAGAUUUUAGGGUUGAAGUCUAAAGAAGUUAUAAUUAAACAAGUUUAUUAGCAAUAAUCAUUCAUUUUAUUUUAAGUGCGGAGUUUCUAACUCCUAAUUUAUCCGUGAUGAUGGCCGGUUCGGCUUUAAGAAGGCUAAUGGCCGAAUAUAAGCAACUGACCGUGAAUCCUCCAGAAGGCAUAAUUGCAGGCCCAGUCAAUGAAGAAAACUUUUUUGAAUGGGAGGCCUUAAUAACAGGACCAGAAGGAACUUGCUUUGAGGGUGGCAUAUUUCCAGCUAAACUUGUCUUUCCUCCAGACUAUCCUCUGAGUCCACCAAAGAUGCAGUUUAUUUGUGAAAUGUUUCACCCAAACAUUUAUGCAGACGGCAGGGUGUGUAUAUCCAUACUGCACGCGCCUGGGGACGACCCCAUGGGCUACGAGAGUAGUGCAGAGAGAUGGUCGCCAGUACAGAGCGUCGAAAAAAUCCUACUCUCCGUAGUCAGCAUGCUGGCAGAACCUAAUGAUGAAAGUGGAGCCAAUGUCGAUGCCGCUAAAAUGUGGAGGGAAGAUCGCGAGCAAUUCAAUAAAAUAGCAGAGCGUUUAGUUAGGAAAACGCUAGGCCUGCCACCACCAGAGUAGCUGCCCGCAUUCUGCGGGUUGCGAAAUUACUGGGUGUACAGUUACACGAAAUAAAGUGUUUAUUGUAUUAUAUAUUAGUAUAUUCACAAAAACAGGCAUAAAUGAUUUUUUUACAUGUCACCACCUCACUGCACUGCACAUGUUGGGUCAACUUUUAAAAUGAUUGGUCUAAAUAGAUCUAAAUAGCUUGAUGUAAUUAUUUAGAUACUGCAGCCUCUUCAGGUAAAAAUAUUGAUUAAUCUUCUUAAAAUAUGUUUGUUUACAUAUAUAUCAAAGUCAUGCAGAUUCAUUAUCAUUUUAUUUAAGUCAAAAAUAUUAUGUUAAUAUUCACUUCAUGUGCUUUAUAUAACAAAAUUAGUACUAAAGUCAAAGUUUGCAUAUCUUCUUUAAACUCUUCUCAGUUAUUUUAUUUUGCUCGCUAAUUACAAAUUUAAAAUUUGUGAUUCAUUACGCAUGUAAUUUUAAUAAAUGUCUGUAUAAAGUUCUUGACAUUAUCAUCUGAUUACAAUAAUAGCGACAUGUUUUACAAAUUGUGUUUCUGUUUCUGUUACAUUUAACCAAACUGUAAAGACAGAGGUCCCUAUAGUACAGCUCUAUGUAUAAUAAAUAUCAAAUAAAUUAUUUAAUACAAAGAUUAUUCAUUCAAUUGCGACGUGACACAGGUAUGUGGGGUUUAUUGUAAUAGAAGCAGGGGGUCACGGAGUUACUUUUAUUGUGUACGAAUAUAUAAAUUGUAAUGA